AUGGAGACAGAUUUAACAGAAGAAUUGGCUCCUACCUUGGAGGAGGUUGAAAGGAUCAUAGGCCGGAAUUUGAAGGAUCAUAAUCCAUUUUCUAAGCUCGAUGAAGAUAUUCCUCCCAAGAGGAUAGCUUCAGCUUUGGGUCUGAAAGUUUCUGAAGUCGUGGACAAUUGGGAUGUGAAAGGACCUUUCAGUGGUUUUUCUAGGAAGUUCUUGGAAGAUCAGGCCAAGAAGAUGGAAAAAGAAGGGAAUUGGGAAGCCUUUUAUGCUGUGUUGGCCGUGUUGAUAUAUGGGAUAGUCCUCUUCCUAAAUAAUGACCAUUUUGUGGACCACCUGGCGGUGAGAAUUUUCCUCUCUGGUAAUCCUGUACUGUUCCUCUUGGCAGAUAUCUACUACACUCUCCAUGAUCGUCAUGAGAAGAAGGGAGGAAUCGUCUUGUGUUGUGCGCAGUUGCUGCAUGCCUGGUUUAGAUCCCAUAUGCCCGAAGAAGGUCCUUUUGUCUCAAAGGAACUCAAGCCCUGCCAGAAGUUGGCUUCCCUCACCUCCAGUCAUGUUAAGUGGUAUAUCAGGGAUUGGGAAACCGAGAAUGUGAUUGUCAGCAUUGGAGACUUCCCCAAUGUUCCGUUGAUAGGAACCAAGGGUUGCAUCAACUAUAACCCUGUGCUAUCUCUGAGGUAG